UACAGUUAUGGGGAUUGGGGGUGAAACCAUUUCAAGGAUCAAGAAGUUGGAAAGGACUUCAAAAGUCACUGAGUCCAAUUCCAGAAUAUCCAGUGCUGUAUUAUGUUAAACAAGUAAUCAUACUACUUUGGCUUUAAAAACUCUCUUAUCAGUUUAUACUAUCAAGAAGUUCUUCCUACUAUUAAUUUCAUAUUAUUUUUAUUUGAAGUACAAUCUAUUGCUUCAAAACUCUGGAGCAAUAUAAAACAAAAUACAUGUAUUUUAGCAUAUCUCAUAAUAUACUACCUUAAUUGUUUUCUUGUGUGGAAUAAAUAUGUUUAUCUUGUUUGAAUCUUUUCUCAUGAGACUUGAUCCCUAAGCCUCUUACUCUCCUUCACCUAAUAUGCACUCUAGAACAUACUAUGCUAUUUUUAUGUCAUUUCCAUUUCAAAUAGCUAACAGUUUGUCGUGAUAACAUUUAGCUGUGUAAAUUUUUGAUUGUUUUUCAAUGUAUGUGUUAUGUAUCUAAAAAGACAGACGCCUGUGGAAAAUAAUUAUCAUUUCCAUUACACAGGAUUUAACACUUUCAGAUUGGUUGAUUAUAUCCGCCAGUAUAUAAGGUUUUCAUAAAUCUGUGUCACAGGAAAUAACAACAGCAACAUAUUUUGAGUACAUUUGUCUCUUUAUUCUAGAAAAAAAAUCAUUAAUAUAUGAAGAAAAUAGUCCUAAUGCAUAUAAUAUACACAGAUGUUGUCAAAUAGUUACUAUGUCAGCAAGUAAACCUAAGAUUUUUUUAAAAUAACAAAUAUAUAUUUUGUAACCAUCAGUAUGUCACACAUCUAGAACUGUCCAGAGCAGAUAUCGUCUUCAAUUUACCACUUAUUUAAUUAAAUUAUGAGGUGGAUUUCAAUUAACUCAUCAAAUAUAAUCGACUAGUCCAGGAGUUACUAACUCUCUUAGAUGAGAAAGAACACAUAUGAAAAAGUGACCUCUGUAGUUUUCAUUCAUAGCCACAAAUGGGAAGAAAGAAUAUAAAGUGGUUAAAAAUAGCAAGCCCCUUACAAAUUUGUCUAAAUAAUCCUGUUAUCCUGGAUUUCUAAUAUUUCCCUUUCAUCUAGAGAAAAAAAUUAAAAAGGCAGACGUGGAGUUGAAGUCUGAGAGGUUAAAAAAAUUACAACCACUUGACAGAUCCAACCUGUCAUAUUUUGCUAGAACAAAAAGUUGUGUCUAUUGAUGCAGUGAGGAGAUAGCUAGUUCUUUCAAACUCUGCAAACAACAGUCUGAAUAGCAAAAUGAAAAAAAAAUGUCAGCAUUCAAAAAUUCCCAGUUGAAAGAGACUGCUCAAAGCAGGACCAAAAUACUUUCUUAUACUACAGAUAUGAGAAGCAACUAGAAAAGAAUGAAGAAAAAAAAGAGGUCCUAUAAAACAGCAGGCCUGCUGGAGUGGUUUCCAAUAUCAUCAAUAAAACAAUAGGCUAUCUGAAACUUAGUUCAGCAUGUGACAAUUGAUAAAGAGUUGUUAGGCAGUGUGUUCCAUUUCCCAAACUAUGAGUAUUAUUUCAUCAUUACAAAGACAUGCACGCACAAACAUACACAAAUCUUUGUUGGCUUAUUUAUGAUACUGAUUAAGAUAUAUGCAGUACUAUAAUUGUUGUUUUCCCUAUCCUCAAUAUCCUGGCUUAUUAAGUUGUCUGGAAACAUUUAAAGAAUUGGAAAGUUAUGUGCUAUAACAGAUUUGUGACUCUUUGAAGAUGAAUCACCUGUGUUCAUUCAAUUGGAACACUGAUUCCAUAGGCACUGAACGUAUCUGGUACAUAAUUUUGCUAAAAAAUAAGGGAUCAUUUUCAGUUUAGAAGUCCUAAGGAAAUGAAUGAUCAAAAUAAUCGUACCUGCCUAGUCUGCCACACAAAUUGUCAUAUUCUAUCUAGCAUGUCUGCCACACAAAUUGUCAUAUUCUAUCUAGCAUGUCGGGCAAAAAAAUGUGAAUGCAUUUUAGUCUUAAAUGAACAAUAGCAAUAAUAUAGUAGAUGACGACUUGUAAACUGAUUCUAAAUCCUGGCAAGAUGAAGACCUUUGGGAUGGAUAGUUCCAGGGUAUGGAUCCUAGAGAGCUUAAUUGUUCUAAAUUAAGUUGUACCCUUCAGAAACAAUAACAUAUAUUAACACUGUGAAGAAAUGACCCACUUGUCAUUUAAUAAACUAUUGAAUUCCAUGGAUUCAGCAGUUAUAUCAUUUGUAUGGAAAGUACAAACAACGCAAGAUCCAAUCAGAAUAAUAGAAAUUCCUGCCUGAGCAAGGGGUUGAACUAGAAGACAUACAAGGUUCCUUCCAACUCUGUUAUACUGUUCAGUUUAAAUCUCACCUUGACAAAUUACCAUUUUAAUCCGGUAAAUUACUGUUUUUGGUAAUAGAAAAUUGCAUCAGCAAAACCAUGCUACCAGCCCAGCUUAGCAAUGCUGAAUUUCUGCUGUUUAUGUCAUGGAUCUUUUGGUAGGUUGAUGUUUGAUUCCUUGCCUUUUUAUGGAUUGUCAAAGCAUUUUUAGACACAAGCAUGGCUGACUUACUUCCGGAUAAAAAUAAAAUUGCAGACUAAAUCCCUCCCCUCUCCCCAUUCAAUUCUCUAUGAAAACUCGGGUCACUGCCUUUAGGAAGAUUCACUCGAGGGUAACUCUACCUCUUAAAACCAGAACAAAACCAGAUCAAAGGCACGCCAGCCCUUUCCUUCUGAAAACGAGAGUAAACUUCUAAAAAUUUUCCCUCCUCCUAUUCUUACCUGUUUGUAUUAUACAACGAUUUGCCUAACCCCCCUCCCUGCAGAUCUUUGCCCAAAAACCCUUCCCUCGAACACGCUUUGAUCGCUGUUUCUCUCUGACCUCAAUGGUUUUUCUGACUCUGACUGAAAGUAAAAAUAGCUCUCCCACACAGUGGCCUCAACUACGCCUAGCCAUAGCUCACAUCGGCUGGGGACAAAGAGCGCAACGGAGCUCCGACCGUGGACGAAGAGAACUGCUCAACCAAGAUUCUUCUCGCUGGUUCCCAGCAUGCAAGCGAGUUUCCUAGAGCGGCGGAGGUUUCCGCCCAGCUCCGGAGGCUUUCUUCACUGGGGCAACAGCAGCAAAAUGGCGGCCAAGGCGCCAAAUACAAAGUUUUGAAUGCGAGGUGAAGGCUAACGCUGUCUCUGGCCGACUUUACGGAUGGUGAGGCUAUGGACGCCUCGGCGUGUAUGAAGUCCCUGCUCUUGGCGGCUUCUCAGUACCGAGCUGCCCGCACCCAGUCCAACGCAGCUCUGCUCCAGCGGAGUUUAGAGGUUAUCUCAGGAUUGAAAUUGACAAAAUGUUUUGCAUCAAAUCAUAUUUUACCAAGUGAAUGCCUCAAUUGCUUAGUAGAACUUAUUGAGGACCCAAAUCUAAGCUCUUCAUUAACCUUAAAUGUAGUAGGCUUGCUUUCUCAGUUAGUUCUAGAUAAUGAAAUCAGGGAAGCCCUUCAGAAUGCUUACAAUCUGUGUGGUGCCCUGGCAAGUGUGAUUCUUCGAAGUUCUACAAAUCCUAUUGACCCAGUAAUAUUGCAAAGUAUUCAACUGCUACAGAAAUUGACCUACAAUGCAAGAAUAUUGCAGAAAAGUGCUAAUAUUGAAGACUUAAUUUCUUUCCUAAUGCUUCGCAUUCAGUCUACAGAAGAUGAGUUAACUAUACCCUGCCUAGGACUUAUGGCAAAUCUUUGUCGACAUAAUCUCACUGUUCAAACAUAUAUCAAGUCAUUGACGAAUGUGAAAGGUUUUUAUCGCACUCUGAUCAGUUUCUUGGGCCACAGUAGUCUAACAAUGGUUGUUUUUGCACUUUCUAUAUUAUCAAGUCUUACAUUAAAUGAAGAAGUUGGAGAAAAGCUGUUUCAUUCCAGAAAUAUUCACCAGACUUUCCAAUUAAUAUUUAAUAUCCUUGUGAAUGGUGAUGGAACACUAACAAGAAAAUAUUCUGUGGAUCUGCUUAUGGAUCUCCUGAAGAAUCCCAAGAUUGCAGAUUAUCUUACCAAGUAUGAACAUUUUACAUCUUGUCUCAAUCAGGUGAUAGGCCUCCUUCAUGGAAGAGAUUCUGAUUCUUCAGCAAAGAUAUUAGAAUUGCUACUUGCAUUUUGUUCAGUGACACAACUCCGUCAUAUUGUACGUCAAACAGUACUGGAACCAAAUGUAGCAGCCUGUGCAAGUACAAGACUUGCAACUCGUGCUAAGAAUUCUGACUCAUCUAUUGUCUUAGUACACUGGUCAAACCAGCCACUGGAAGUAACUGAGAAGUGUUCAAAUCUUGCUUUGGAGCUAUUCCGGGAGCUAUUUGAGGAUGUUAUUGAUGCAGGCAAUAAUGCAACUGCUGAGCGCUUUGUGGAUCUUCUUUUGCCCAUUCUUCUUGACCAUCUUCAUUUUCCUGAUCACAUACUGGAAGAUCUGUUGGCAAAGAAAAAAUGUGAACGAAUGAUCAAGACUAUUGAUAUCUUGAUAACUCUUUGUGCAGAUGAUAUGCUGAAAAUGCAUGUCACUAAAGUUUUAACAGCUAGCAAGUGUACUACUUUAAUAGAACACCAAUUUACUUCUAGUGGAAUUGAUUUUAGUUUUGGGACAAAAUUUAAGGACUGUGAAUUGAGCAAACUUGCUGCUGAUCUAAUCUUAAAAACACUGGAUUUGAUGAGUAAGCUUAAGCAGCUGGUUCCUAACAUGGAAGUCAGUUUUUACAAAGUUCUUCAGGACCAACGCUUGGUUACCCCUUUGGCUUUGGCUUUAACAUCAGACCACAGGGCACAAGUUCAAGCAGGGCUUAGAAUAUUAUUUGAAGCAGCCCCGUUGCCAGAUUUUCCUGCCAUAGUGCUUGGUGAGAGUAUUGCAGCCAAUAAUGCUUACAGACAACAGGAAUCUGAGCAUGUCACUAAAAGAAGUCACCUGCAAGCAUCCAUGACUUCUGUAAAUUCAGUAAAAUCCUCUAAUGUUUGCCAUCCCAAUGAUGGUGAUGCUGCAACUUUCAAAAUUCAGGACCUGAUUCACAAACUCCAAUCUGGCUUAGAGAUGAAGGAAUCCGUCACAGACAUCAGGGUAUCUGAAAUAAUGGAAGUAUAUGAACAGAAAUUGUCUGCAUUGGCAUCUAAGGAAACAAGGUUGCAGGACCUUUUGGAAGCAAAGGCAUUAGCUCUUUCUCAAGCCGAUAGACUUAUUGCCCAGUAUCGUUGCCAGAGAGCUCAAGCUGAAUCUGAGGCUAGGACGCUUGCCUCAAUACUGAAGGAUACAGAAAGGAAAAAUGAAGAUCUGGAAUCUCUAUUGAAAGCACAGCAGACAGAAUCUGAACGGGCACAAAAUGAUAUUGAACAAUUAUUUCAGCAUAAUCGGAAACUGCAAACAAUAGCAGAAGAAUAUGAGAUACUGAAAAGAUCUUCCAUUGAGCUGCUUCAAAAGCACGAAACUAUUGAAAAGCAAUAUAACAAUCUUCAAGGAAUGUGUAAUUCACUGAAUAAACAACUUGAGACCCUUAAAAGACUGAAUGAAUCGCUGAAGCAACAGAAUGAAAAAACUGUUGCUCAGCUUCUUGAAACAGAAGAACAUAGAAAAGAAUUGAACAAACAGAUGCAAGAAAAAGAUGGGCAAAUAUCAAGUUUACAACAGAAGAUAAAAGUUCAGGAAGAAAAACUAAAAGCCAGACAGAGGGAAAAAAUAGAAAUGGAGGACAAAAUGGACAUUCUUAGAAAAGAGCUAAGUAAAACAGAACAGGCAAGAAAAGAACUGAGUAUUAAGGCAUCUUCUUUGGAAGUUCAGAAGUCACAGUUGGAAGGGCGACUAGAAGAAAAGGAGGCUUUAAUCAAACUUCAGCAAGAAGAACUAAACAAACAUUCUCAUAUGAUUGCAAUGAUCCAUAGCUUAAGUGGUGGUAAACUAAGUGCAGAAGCUGUGAAUCUCAGUUUAUAAAGCAGAUUAUAUAAGUGUGCAAUUAAUGCCAUUUUAUGUUUUGUUAUGAAAAAUAUUUUAGAUAAUUUUCCUUGAAGAUAUUGUGGCUUUUAUGAACAGUAGGCUACAUUCUAUUCAUUUUGAUACUAAUAUCUAUAUCAUUAUUGGUUGCCUUGUUUAUUAAUUUAACAAGGACUGGAUAUAAUUUCAGAAAACAUUUAAGUAAAAACUGAUUUGAUGUGCAAACUAUCAACUAUGGUAGGUUUACUUAAGUUAGUAAUUCUACUCAAAAUGGUUUUACAAAAGCUUUCAUUUCCUUGUAUAUAAAAUGUUGUACCUGAAAUCUUGCUGGUUAACCUAUAAAUUUCAAAAUGAAAGUAUGCAUAUAUAUAUAUAUAUAUUAUGUAGAAAACAACAUUUUAAGUCCUGUAUUACAAUACAGAUAUACAUUAAUGAAUUGCAUGUUUAAAAGAGGUCUGAAUUUUUUCCCCCGAAAACAGAAUAGAUGCUCAGUUUUCAUAUAUUCAGUUUUCCUUCUGAUGUAAAUGACAAAUAAUUCUAUUUAUAGUUUUUCAAAUUUAGAGAUUUCUGAAUAUAAUAGUCACAGGUUGUAUUUGUUUCUUUUAAAAAUAUUCUACACAUUUUCUAGUAUUUAUUACAAACCUAUUUUUUUUGCUGAAGAUAGACAAUAAUAGUGUAUAUUUUUAAGCAUGAAUAUGUUUUAAAAUAAUGAACUUUCAACAAAUAUGUAUAAUUUAAAAAUCAACUUACAACAUUUAGGGCAAGGACAUAUACUUUAUAUACAUGUGCUUUAUAUAUCUGUCAUCUUUAAUGAUAUAAUGAAACCUGAUUAUGUUUGGAGACACUGAAACUCCAAAACAAUUAGUAUUAAUUCCACUUAAGAGGGUAGUGAUCAUAUGCCAACAUUUCAACAAAUACCUUUAUAUUUUAAAUUUAACAUGCCAGCCUUCCUCUUUAACUAUGUGCAAUUGAUGCUGCCAAUUAUAUUUUUUGAAAGCUAUUGUCUCCAACUUGGCAAUGGUAUUUGACAUUUAAAUGAAGUAUUUAUUAUGGACUCUACUGUGGUCUUUUUAUAUUUUUGUUGUAAUUGCAUAAUUUGUGUCUGGAAAAGGAAAUAAAUAACUCUGAAGUUACGCAUGA